GCGUUCAAUCCAUUUUGGUGCUCUUCGUUCGCUGUACUUUUCUACGACGUCAUCACUCCAAACACGGAAGUGAAAGUGCCAAGCAUGUCGGCGGCAAGUUGCGUCUACAAACCCGUGAGUCAUGUCAUAUUCGACAUGGAUGGAUUGUUAUUAGACACAGAGCGACUGUACUCUGUGUCCUUCCAGGAAGUAUGUGACCGCUUUGGGAAGCAGUACACAUGGGGACUGAAGUCCAAGGUGAUGGGUGCAAAAGCUUUGGAUGCAGCUCAAAUGAUCCGGGACUCGUUGGAGCUUCCAAUGACAGCCGAGGAACUUCUUGCUGAAAGCAGACACAUACAAGAGAGGAUAUUUCCCUCUGCUAAACUCAUGCCAGGUGUGGAGAGGCUGAUGAACCACUUAAAGAAACACGGUGUCCCCAUUGCUGUUGCGACCAGCUCAGCAGGUGCGACCUUCCAAUUGAAGACGAGCCAGCACAAAGCCGUCUUCGCUUUGUUUGACCACAUUGUUCUUGGAGACGAUCCCGAGGUGAAGAAUUCUAAGCCCCAACCGGACUCUUUCCUUGUUUGUGCCAGCAGAUUCAAGCCCCCUGCUUCUCCAGAUUCUUGCUUGGUAUUUGAGGACGCUCCCAACGGUGUGAGGGCAGCCCUGGCAGCGGGGAUGCAGGUUGUGAUGAUUCCAGACGAGAACCUGCACCCUGGUCUGACUCAAGAUGCAACACUACGGCUGAGGAAUAUGGAGGAAUUUCAACCGCAGCUCUUUGGCCUACCAGCAAUUGACUAAGGCUCAUAAACCAAAAAAUAGAUUGUUUUCCUAAAUGUGAAAUCAUGUCAUUUAGCAAAUCUUAAUGGCUUUAAACAUAGCAUAUGGCUAGUAACAAUUUUUUGGCAAAAAUAAACACGUUUGAUUUUGAUUUCCACCUUUUGCAUUGCUUGGAUUGCCAGAUUCAAGCUCAUUCAAUUCUUAAAUCUAAAAGAAUGCACAUUUGCUUGCUAUCAGAGUAUUUACUUUAGUUUAAAUGACCCCUAUUUGCGGCCCUCCGCCAACUUUUCCCUGCACGACAUUAUAACAACCCACUGGAGCAUCGCAAUCAAAACUUCAU